UUCACUUCCUUGUUUGAAGCGUGCGUGUGUGGGAGAGAGUUAAAGACGUGGUCCGGAGGACCCCUCGAGUUUGGUGUGUUUUACUUCAAAAAAUAGGCCUCGACCAGAACAAGUGCAGUCGGGACUAGUUUCCCUGGCGGAGGCGCGCUACAUGCACAGCGCAACAGACUCACCGGUGCACAGUCCGCCGCCGAGCUCGACGCAGACGGAGCGAGAGCUGCUGAAAGUGGAGGCUUGAACUCCGGGAUGCGUCCGUGAGGCGUCCAGUACAUCACCCCGAUCUGCUUCCACCAGAACACCGCCUCGGAUCGUGCGGAAGGACAACUGCCCGCCCGCCGCCGCCAGUGCCACCCGGUGUUCUGUCGACGGACUUGACCGAAGUCGAGAUGUCAAUUUUGCCGUUCACCCCCCCGAUCGUCAAACGACUCCUGGGCUGGAAGAAAGGGGAGCAGAACGGCCAGGAGGAGAAGUGGUGCGAGAAAGCCGUGAAAAGUCUGGUGAAGAAGCUGAAGAAGACGGGCCAGCUGGACGAGCUGGAGAGAGCCAUCACCACGCAGAACGCCAACACCAAAUGCAUCACUAUACCGAGGUCUCUGGAUGGCCGCCUGCAGGUUUCCCACAGAAAGGGUUUGCCCCACGUCAUCUACUGCCGUCUGUGGCGCUGGCCCGACCUGCAGUCCCACCACGAGCUGCGAGCUGUGGAGCUGUGCGAGUACGCCUUCCACACAAAGAAGGAUGAAGUGUGCGUCAACCCGUACCACUACCAGAGGGUCGAGACACCAGUUCUCCCACCUGUCCUGGUGCCCAGACACACAGAAAUCCCCAGUGAGUUCCCGCCACUGGAUGACUACAGCCAUUCAAUCCCUGAAAACACCAACUUCCCUGCUGGAAUUGAACCCCAGAGCAACUACAUACCAGAAACGCCGCCACCAGGCUACCUCAGUGAGGAUGGGGAGACCAGCGAUCACCAGAUGACCCACAGCAUGGACACAAGCUCCCCAAACCUGUCACCGAACCCCGUUUCACCCACACACAGCAACCUAGACCUUCAGCCAGUGACGUACUGUGAGCCGGCGUUCUGGUGCUCCAUUUCAUACUACGAGUUGAACCAGCGAGUAGGAGAGACCUUCCACGCCUCGCAGCCGUCGCUGACAGUUGAUGGCUUCACGGACCCCUCCAACUCGGAGCGUUUCUGUCUGGGCCUGUUGUCCAACGUCAACCGCAAUGCGUCUGUGGAGUUAACACGCAGACAUAUCGGCCGUGGUGUGCGGCUGUACUACAUCGGAGGAGAAGUGUUUGCAGAGUGUCUCAGCGACAGCGCCAUCUUUGUGCAGAGCCCCAACUGUAACCAGCGCUACGGCUGGCACCCCGCCACAGUCUGCAAGAUCCCUCCAGGAUGUAACCUGAAGAUUUUCAACAACCAGGAGUUUGCUGCCUUGCUGGCCCAGUCAGUCAACCAGGGCUUUGAGGCCGUGUACCAACUCACCAGGAUGUGCACCAUUCGCAUGAGCUUUGUCAAGGGCUGGGGAGCCGAGUACAGGCGACAGACGGUGACCAGCACCCCCUGCUGGAUCGAGCUCCACCUGAACGGCCCCCUGCAGUGGCUCGACAAGGUGCUCACACAAAUGGGCUCCCCCAGCAUCCGCUGCUCCAGCGUCUCCUAGGGAAGAUCCUUCAUCCACCCGCUUCCUGUUCACCACCUCUCCUGUCACGUGACUAGAAAAAAAAACACAUACAGACUCCACGCAGAAAAGAACACGAGCUACACAAAGUACGGAAAGACGACGAGCCCCCUCCUCGACCUGUUACUCGGUCCUUCCUCCCCACCAGCUGUCAGUAGCACUUUUUAUAUACUAUAUGUUGUUUGUGGCGAAAGGGGACAAGUGCAUUAAAGCAGAACCAUGUUGGUAUGAUCUCCACAUUUUGUCCAGAAUUAUUUUGAUGGCAAUUUUUUUUUUCUUGCUGCCUUUUGUUUUGUUUGUUUUUUCAAUUGAGAGAUUCUUAUUUUCUUUGCUCUUUUGUUGAAAUUUCAUGAUUUUUACUUUUUUUUUAAUUGUACAGAUGUCUAAGUGAACCAUGGAUCUAAAAAAAAAAAAGAAUGAAUUUUUUAAGCAUUAAUAACAGCUUGGUCAAACAUGAGGAAGAUCAUGUUGAAAUGCAUUUCACUUGACUGUAGCUCUGUAUUCGGGCAUUUGAAAGUGUUUUAAGAUGAAUGGAAAUGGUCAACCAUCAUUUUUAAACACCUUGUGAAGGACGAUGCUAAAAAAAAUCUAGUACAUCAAAUCGUUUUGGUUUUCAUACCGUCAGUUUAUUCAGCCUCUCAGACUCUGUUGAGGAAAAUAACAGAAUUUCAGACAGAAACAAAUGAUUAAGCAAGAAAUCAGACCAACCAACAAUUUUUCCCCCCUGAUAGAUGGAAACUAUUCACUGAUGUGAACAAGUCUUACGAAGCAGUCUGAUGCUUCAGGACACAGUAGAGCUCUUAAACCCCACAUAUGAGUAUUUAAAGACAAUGAUAUUCGUCAAUUGGCAUCAAGAGGAUGAUGCACUUCUGUAAAACGUUACUAUUGUCAAUGUGGACAAAGUGCAUUCAAUGACAUUUGUAAUUCAUAGCUUCAGUAGAACUUGUCAGAGGGGCUACGUGAAAUUUUGCCUGCAUUUAUUUCAGGAAGCUUUCGCCAAUUUGCAAAAUACGUUUUGCAGCAUUGAAUUGUGUCGUAGUUAUUACAUUAUAGGCUUUUAUACAGCACUUGAAAACAUCUCACAUACUGUACUGUUCUGCAAACUUUUAGUCAAAUUACAAAUUGAACACACGACACAUCGUUGUGUGUGACAUGAGUACGCUGCAGGAAGCUUUGAAGUGUUAAGAAAGCAGCAAGACGACUUCCCGUUUUGUUUUUAUCUUUAUUGUCUCUCUCGGCAGGCCAUGACAUUUUUUUCCUAUUUUUUAACCAUCAGUAAUCUCAAUGUUUUGUUCACUCAGGAUUGUAAAAAAGAGCAGAGUUCUGUACAGAAACCAGAUGCAUGGCUGUUGAGGCUUGAAAGUCAAUGUUGCUACCAAUUAUUUCUGUUGAACAAUUAGGUGUUCACAUGUGUGUUUUGCAUGACAUGACAGAAAUAUACUGCCGGCGGGUCUGAGGAUACUCACCUUGUAUUUUUCUACCUGUGAAGACGAGGGCAGUGUCAGUACAAAGCACAGCUUUUUACAAAAGGGAAGUGUUCAGACGGACGGAGGCGUGUAAAUAGCCCAACCCACUCAAUCUGAUGGCCCUUUUAUCGUGUAGGUCGAUGUACAUGUAGAACUUACAUGUGUUAUCAUUUGACCCUUCACCUUCAUAGUGUUGGAAGCAGGAAUGAUAAUAAUUGCUGGAAGCAGGAGAACAAAAAAAUAUGCUUGAAAAGAAAAUAAUUGGUGAAAUAGAAAAGCAUAGUCGUAGCUUUUGUCCCGUUUCCUUUCAGCCACCCACUGCGGUGGAAGUGGAUUGAUUUCCUUCUGGUUCCACAACAUUAGACAAAGACACAGUGGGCGAACACGGACAAUGUUUUUGAAUCUUUUUAUAGUACUUAUUUACAUUAACGCAGCUUCUGAUGUUAAUGCCAGCCCAGUGGUGCUAAACUCUUAACAUUAUAGGGACUCGGAAGAACAGCAGAGCCAUGAGAUUUCACUUUUGACUUAAAGCUGGUAGCUGUUGAACCUUUGUGAAAGAUAUGAUGUCAGGUUGUCUUCAGAAACAGUAGCAUCUACCAAUCUGAGACAAGACGGCUCUUUGUAGAGCUUUUUAGUGUCCUUGAACACAGCAGUCCUGAUCCUGGCGGGCUCUUGAACCCCGUGGUCAGUGUAAUUACCCAGUAGGGAAUAUUUUUGCAAGCAAAUUUGUCAUUUUUAUACACUUCAAGUUAUAGUGCUUGUGUUGUUUUUUCCCCCUUGUCUAAUUUUUUUUCGAUUUUCUCUAAUCGUUGUUAUUAUUAGUUGUGACUUUUUUUUUUUUUGCCCUGAAUUGCUUGUUAGAUGUCUUGUAUAAAAUGAUACCCCUUUAUUUUUCUCUGCCUAUAAAAAAAGUUGAUGUGAUGCUUUAUAUUUUUGUUUAUUAUUGUUGGUCUACGAAUAAAAUAUAUAUCUUGUGGUGA